UCAAUUGAAUGUUUCAGAACGUAAAAACGUACUGAAAUCAGCCCAGAUUGCUUUUAACAUUCUCCCCUGCUCAUUCGAUGGACACGUCAACCACUGGUUAGCUAGUUGAUAGGUAAAUUACCUAUCCAGACGUUGUAGGAUCUGGAAGGCGUCAGCGACGUCUGAGCAGAGGGACGUGCCCUUGAUUAGUAGUGAAAGCGCAGCGUCGUCGCCUGCUCUUUUCGAGGCCAAUGAGAGAGCUGCUGACGGAGGUAAUGGGAGGGCCAGACGUACACCUGAGCAGAUCAGGGUGACUUGAUUGUGUGCCCACGCCCCCCUGUGAAUAAUCUAUCGGAUCUAUUCGUUUGUGUGAAACGUUUUUUUUUUAAUGCGUGGAAUUAAGAACGAUCACAUUGGGGACGGAUACUUUUACCGGUCUCUUUUUUGACCUACUACUACUGUUUCGGCUACUUCGAGAUUUGUUGGAUAUUAGCCAAAAAUCAACACAAUGCAAUAUGUUCAUUUAUCUAAGGAUUCAUGCCGAAACGGUUCCAUGAUAAGGCUACUGUGUCCAUCUCAGACUGCUGUGUGUAUAGUCAACGGGGAGGCAAGCCUCCUCAACACCUCCUUCACUGACAAUCACAAUGCCACUGAGACAGAGCUGUCAGCCGUCGCCAACAACUGGACCAACUAUAACUUCUGGACUGGUUUGACCUUGGCGGUGCUGUCGGCCUUCCUGAUUGGAGGAAGUGUGAUGCUGAAGAAGAAGGCCCUGCUUCGCCUAGCCAAUAAUGGACAGACCAGAGCAGGUGAAGGUGGUCAUGGAUAUUUAAAGGACUGGCUAUGGUGGAGUGGCCUUCUAACCAUGGGUGCCGGUGAGGUUGCCAACUUUGCAGCGUACAUGUUUGCCCCAGCUACUGUGGUGACUCCUCUGGGUGCCCUGAGUGUCCUCAUCAGUGCAGUGCUGUCCUCUUACCUGUUGGGGGAGACACUGAAUCUGUUGGGAAAGCUGGGCUGUGUGCUCAGCAUACUGGGCAGCACUCUCAUGGUGAUCCAUGCACCUGAAGAAGAGGAAGUCACUACCCUGCAGCAGAUGACUGACAAACUGCUCGACCCAGGCUUCCUUGUGUUUGCCAGUAUCCUGCUGGUGGCUUGCCUGCUGCUUAUCUUCUACUUCUCCCCCCGUGUGGGCCAGACCAACAUCCUGGUCUACAUCGGCAUCUGUUCUAUGCUGGGAGCCUUCACCGUCUCCUCCGUCAAGGGCCUGGGCAUCGCCAUCCGCACAGUGUUCUCUGACCCGGCCGUGGUGCGUCACCCGCUCACCUGGAUCCUGCUGGCGUCACUGGUCAGUUCUAUCGUGGUCCAGGUCAACUACCUGAACAAGUCCCUGGACACCUUCAACACGCUGCUGGUCUACCCAAUCUACUAUGUGUGCUUCACCACCGUGGUGCUCACCACCUCCAUCAUCCUGUUUAAAGAGUGGGGGACCAUGUCUGGUGUGGACGUGGUGGGCACUGUGGGGGGCUUCCUGGUCAUCAUCUUGGGGGUAGCCAUGCUGCACCUGUUCAAAGACAUCCACGUCACCCUGGAGAGCCUGGCCAGCAGAAUGUGUCAGCCACUAGGGGUGAAACGGGAGGACAAACACAUCCUCAUUGAGAAUAUGGAGAGCCUGCCUCCCAUGAGAGAAGACGCACCCAGAGUCUUCAUCAUCAGCUGAGAGACUGGCACCUGAGAGGACUCUUAGCACUUUCACUUAUGUAAAUAUUUAUUUGUUAGUCUUUUUAUUUGUAGUUUUAUGUAGAUUUGUGACCAAAGCUUUUGUUGACUAUGUCUAUGAUGCUCCAGGAUGCUAAAUAGCCUGCUACUGAGGACCUUUGUCUAUGAAGGUACCAGAGAAGAGAUUACAUUUUAUAUAGUUGUUUAUACUUGUGGGUGUUUUUUAACCUCAGUUAAUGAUAAUAUGGGUUGCUGAUGAUGCUGCAGGCUAUGUAGACUGCUGCUGAAGACCAAUGUUUGUGAUUCAUCAAGGUAUUUUUUAGGGCUAGUUUAAAAAAAAAAAUGUUUGUAUACUUUGCAUUUUAAGAUGUUGACUACAUUUCAUGUUUCUUUUGCCUGUCACUCAUUUCAAUAAAUAUUUUCUAUUUUGUGCCAGCCA